UCCACGCCCAGCUGGCGUCCCGUGACCGAGGCCUGUGGUGGAUCCUGACGCUAGGCGCUGCGGAGCGCUACCCUGGGGUAGACGGCGGCCGGGAUGGAGGCGACUUUGGAGCAGCACUUGGAGGACACAAUGAAAAAUCCAUCCAUUGUUGGAGUUCUGUGCACAGAUUCACAAGGACUUAAUCUGGGCUGCCGUGGGACCCUGUCAGAUGAGCAUGCCGGGGUGAUAUCGGUUUUAGCCCAGCAAGCAGCCAAGCUAACCUCUGACCCCACUGAUAUUCCUGUGGUGUGUCUAGAAUCAGAUAAUGGGAACAUUAUGAUCCAGAAACAUGAUGGCAUUACAGUUGCAGUGCAUAAAAUGGCCUCUUGACAUCUUUUAUCAGUUCUCCUGCAGUUUAUGAGAGGGAAUUGAUCCUGUGCUAAUUAUCUUACUAAAAUGAUUGAAAUUUCUGGUAGUUAGGCCAUUCAUUUAAGGUGCAUUGGGCACUUUUCUAUUUAUUUUAAACUUGCUUUUUAACAUUCUGUGGACUGGACUUAUCAAGAUACUGUGCUAAUAAGAAAGGAUUAUGUUUUAAAGCAGCAUGUCCAGGUCAUUUUGUAUAUAGAUGUUAUGUUCAAUAAAUCUGGAGGAAAACUUGGA